GAUGUUUAGUAUUUGUUGGGGCUUGAAGUGGUUUGCAUUCAUUCAACAAAGACCGACGCACGACGGCGAGGACGGUUCUUCCUUCCAAAGAAAAAAAAAAUCAAAUUUUAGUUAUACAAAAUAAAGAAAACAAAAAUCGGGCUGUGAUUGUUUACAAAUAAAAAUAAUUCCAAGAAUCGUGUGAACUAAGCAUCAAGUAUGCUGGCUGUUGACGUCUCGUGCAACUUGUUCAUAGUUAAUUUUUCUAAUUAAUAAUUUAUUAAAAUUGUCAGCUUGUACGAAGAAAAAUAAAAUUUCAACUUUAAUGUACAUAAUAUUUAUGUAGGUACACAAAAUUCAGAGUUCUUUUUUAAUAGUGUUUGUGUUACAUAAGCCUGACAUAUUAUUUGUCAAGAAGAGUAUAAAGAACUGUCAACCAGCUGGUGGUUGGAUUUUGGAGUUGGUCAAGUUCAAGUGGUAAAUAAUUAUUACAACAAUCAAAGUCCUGUGACCUGUCAUUAUUAUCUGUCAUAAAAAAUAUAUCUAAUCAAUAAAACUACCUGCUUUUUGCAAUCAUAUCUCUACAAAGAAAGCUUAUUUGUGAUAUAAUUAAUAAGGACAAAACCAAUGCAUACACAAACGAUAUAAGUCUAAAAAAACAAAAAUGGUGACAAGUAAUUUUGACAAAUUUCGACUACUUCUAUGGAAGAACUGGAUACUACAAUGGAAUCACAAACUUCAACUUUGUGUGGAACUAGUGCUGCCUGCAGUUUUCUCAUUGCUGCUUGUUUUGGUGCGAGUUUUGGUGCCAAUAGAACAUGAAGGCGCUACAAUAUAUAAUACGGCAUUGCCUUUAGAUACUCUUGAUUUAUUAAAGUCUCUUUUUGGACGUUCAGCGAUAAUCAGGAAAUUAAAACGGAAGACAUUCCAACCCAGACAAAACGUCACAACAAAAUCAUUAGAGAAAUUAAGCUAUCAUUUGGCAUAUUCACCAAAUACAACGUGUUUUGAAAAUAUUGUAAAACAUGCAGCUGACAGCUUGAACUUGACAUAUAGUGGAUAUGCCAGUGGUAGGGAAAUGCAAGAUGCUCUUAUGGACAACACUUAUCUCGGUGGUGUUCAGUUUGACGAUUCGAAAAAUUGCUAUGAAAAUUUGAACUAUCAAAUUCGGUUUCCUAGCGAGCUAAGAACAGCUGCCAGUUCGAAUGUACUUAAAACAUGGCUAACCAAUACGCUUUUUAUACCAUUCGAUCCUAUUGGUCCACGAAAUACUCCCGAUGUGGAUGGAGGAAUUCCAGUGGGAUAUCUGAGGGAAGGAUUUCUUCCAGUGCAGAAUGCGAUAUCGACGGCUUUCAUCAAGCUUUCGUCAAAAAAUCUCACCGAUCAAAUUUUGCCAAGAGUGAUGCUUCAACGGUACCCUUAUCCCGAGUACACCAAUGAUCCGCUAUUGGUUGGUUUGGCUUCGAUGAUGUCGUUCAUAAUUGUUCUCAGUUACAUUUACCCAGUGACCUAUACUGUCAAAUACAUUACAGCAGAAAAAGAAAAGCAACUUAAGGAAGUCAUGAAGAUUAUGGGUCUUCAGAACUGGUUGCAUUGGACAGCGUGGUUUGUCAAGGGAUUCCUCAUGAUGGGCUUCUCGUCCCUUUUGAUUACAACUAUUUUAAUGGUAAUUAAUUUAAGAGAUUUGAAGAAACACGCCUUUACUAAAACUCGUCUUGUUAUUUUCCAGAUAAAAUGGAGCGACGGAGUUGGUGUCUUGACACACAGUUCUUUCACGGCAGUUUUUUUCUUCUUUCUGAUUUUCACUAUAGCCACGAAUACGUUUUGCUUUAUGCUGGCAACACUUUUCUCUAAGGCCAGUACAGCUGCAGCUAUAACGGGACUAAUAUGGUUCAUCUUGUACAUACCGUACACUUUUUUCCAGUUAAAUUACGAGGGCCUAGCACUAGCUACCAAAUUGCUGUGGUCACUUUUGUGCAACACAGCUCUCAGUUUCGGAAUUCGGGUUAUCAUAAGUUUCGAAAUCGAUGGUAAUGGUUUUCAGUGGGAUAAUAUUUUCUCGCCUGUCAGUGUUGAUGAUUCCCUAACGAUGGCUCACAUUCUGGGUAUGAUGCUGUUGUCAAGUGUCAUUUACAUGAUCAUUUGCUUGUAUUUGGAGCAAAUCUACGCUGGAGAUUAUGGAGUCCCCAAAAAAUGGUACUUCCCAUUUACCAAGACAUUUUGGUUUGGAGAACCGGUUUUUUUGGGCAUUGAAGAUUCGAGUACUGAUACCAAACGAGACCAUCCAAGUUCGUUUGAAAUAGAGCCAGUGGGAAAGCAUGUUGGGCUGCAAAUUAAGAAUCUAACGAAGGUCUUUGGCCAACGGAAAGCUGUCAAAGAUCUUUCGUUAAAUAUGUACGAAGAUGAAAUAACGGUUUUGUUGGGUCACAAUGGAGCUGGCAAAACAACAACAAUCUCAAUGUUAACAGGAAUGUUUCCGCCUUCAUCGGGAACAGCGAUUAUCAAUGGCAGUGACAUACGAACAAACAUAGACGGCGCUCGUAUGUCAUUGGGUAUAUGCCCUCAGCAUAAUAUUCUCUUUGACGAUCUGACCGUUAGAGACCAUUUGAUAUUCUACAGUCGUCUGAAAGGUCUAAAAGGUGAAGAAUUGGAAGCUGAAGUUAGUAGAUAUAUUAAGAAAAUUGAAUUGGAGAAUAAGGCAAAUGUGGCGUCGUCAAAGCUGUCAGGUGGUAUGAAGCGAAAACUUUCGGUUUGUGCAGCUUUUUGUGGUGGAACAAAAGUUGUUUUAUGCGAUGAACCCAGCUCUGGUAUGGAUCCAGCGGCUAGAAGACAACUAUGGGAUUUGCUGCAAUCUGAAAAAGUCGGACGGACGAUAUUGUUGACGACGCAUUUCAUGGACGAAGCUGAUGUGUUGGGAGAUCGCAUUGCAAUUAUGUCAGAUGGAGAGCUGAAGUGCAUGGGGACAUCGUUCUUUUUGAAGAAGAAAUACGGAAGUGGCUAUAAAUUGAUUUGUGUGAAGAAGAAAGAAUGUGAUGCAGCAAGUGUGACAAAGCUUCUCAAUCAAUACAUUCCCGACUUGAAACCCGAAGCCGAUAUCGGUGCUGAACUCUCAUACCAAUUACCUGACUCAUACUCAUCGCAUUUCGAAAAAAUGUUCCACGAUCUAGAAACACAAUCGGAUGAAUUAGCACUCAAUGGUUAUGGUAUUUCGAUAACAUCCCUCGAAGAAGUUUUCAUGAAAGUUGGUGCCGAAAAGUCGAUGGCCAUAAAUUCUGUGGGUUCACCAAUAAUGAAUGGCAAUGGAUUUGGAUCCGACGAUGGGGAAUCUAUGACUUCUGAUAAUAUGUUCUCGGACAAUCAGCGUCUCCUCAAAGGCCACAACCUCAUCCUAAGUCAAUGGCAAUCUAUGAUGAUGAAGAAAGUCCUCUUUACAAUUCGAAAUAGAUUAUUAUUUGCCAUUCAGAAUCUAAUUCCGAUUCUCUUUGUUACCUUGACAGUUCUUGUAUCGAAAAAUAGUUCUUACGCGGCGCUAAGACCCAUGCAAAUGGGUAUCACUCAAUAUCCAACGACUGUGACAGUCUUAGAAACAACUUCGAAAGUUGUUAGCGGAUCAUUGGAAGCAAAUAUUAGUGAAAAUUAUAAGGCAAUUGUUGAAUCAUAUUCAUCUGCUCACGAACUUCAUAAUACAGGAGGCGUGGGCUUCAAAGACUUUAUGUUGGAACUUGGAAAAACACUUCAAAUUCGCAUCAAUUCGAGAUAUAUUGCUGCAGCAACCAUAGACACAGGCACCAUCAUAGCUUGGCUGAAUAAUAAGCCACUUCAUUCAGCACCACUUACAGUUAACUUAAUUCACAAUGCCAUGGCCAAAGCUCUUAUUGGAAGUAACGCUUCUAUAACGGUCACAAAUGCUCCGCUGCCAUUUUCUAAAGAUUCAAAGUUUGAAUUGCUGAAUAGCGGACAAAAUCUAGGAACUCAACUUUCGUUAAAUUUAUGCUUUUGUAUGUGUUUUGUUAGUGCUUUGUAUGUUAUGUUCUUAGUUAAGGAAAAUGAAAGUCGUGCCAAAUUGUUACAAUUUGUGAGUGGAGUAAAAGUUUUGACAUUUUGGUUUUCACAUUUUGUCUGGGAUUACGUAACUUAUACGUUUACAGCGAUUGUUUUGAUGUUAACAUUGGCGUGCUUUCAAGAAGAGGGAUAUGCAACGUUUGACGAAUUGGGUCGAAACUUUGUACUUAUGUUACUUUUUGGAUGUUCAGUGCUGCCAUUUACGUACUUAAUGUCAGGAUUUUUCUCAGAACCUGCUACUGGACUUGCUAGACUGUCAAUAAUUAAUAUAUUUUGUGGAAAUGCAUUUUUCAUUGUGAUUCUUGUUAUGAGCUCAAAUUUAUUCGACACCAAAGAUACAGCUGAUAUAUUGGAGAAAUUCUUCCUUGCUUUCCCACAUUUCUCAUUAGCUCAGGGAUUGAAUAAACUCUUUACAAAUUCUCAAACUAGAAAACUUUGUUUAGCAAUUCCGGAAUUUAUUCGCUGUUCGGUAUACAAACAGUGCUGUCCACUACAACCGUAUUUUACAUGGGAAGCACCAGGAAUACUUCGUGAAGUCAUUUAUCUAAUAAUUACCAGUGUUGUUUUCUUAAUAAUUUUAAUACUUAAGGAAUAUCGUGUUUUGGGCAAUAUUUGGUUUAAAAUCAAAGAAAAAACAACUAGUAAACCACCACAACCACCACCAGAGGAUGGAUAUUUUGACGAAGACGUACAACAGGAAAAACAGAGGGUUGAAAAUAUGUCAUCGACUGAUAUUGCUGUACAAAAUUUGGUUCUUGAUAAAGUCACUAAAUUCUAUGGGAAAUUCUUGGCAGUUAAUCAAGUUUCAGUUGGAGUUAAACACUCGGAAUGUUUUGGUUUACUCGGUGUAAAUGGUGCUGGAAAAACGACAACCUUCAAAAUGCUCACUGGUGACGAAAGAAUAUCAUCUGGUGAUGGCUACGUCAAAGGCUUGAGCUUGAAACGGGAUAUGAAUGAAGUGUACCAAGAAAUCGGUUAUUGUCCACAGUUCGAUGCGUUGUUCGACAAUUUUACCGGUCGUGAGACUCUGAAAAUUUACGCUCUACUGCGCGGAAUUCCAGAAAAAAGGAUCCCUCAGGUUUCUUCAGAUCUGGCCAAAUCGUUCGGUUUCAUGCAGCACUACAACAAGCAUGUCCAAGCUUACAGUGGAGGUAAUAAGCGAAAGCUCAGCACCGCUUUGGCAGUGAUGGGCAGUCCGUCCGUAGUUUACCUUGACGAACCGACCACGGGAAUGGAUCCCGGUGCUCGACGUCAACUGUGGAACAUGGUUUGUCGAAUUCGUGAUGCUGGCAAAUCCAUAGUUCUAACAUCACAUAGUAUGGAAGAAUGUGAGGCUCUAUGCACCCGUUUGGCUAUAAUGGUGAAUGGAGAAUUCAAGUGCAUAGGUUCAACGCAGCAUCUCAAGAACAAAUUUACCAAAGGCUUUAUACUUAAAUUCAAAUUGAAAAGAGGAAGCGAAAAUGAUGCGAUAGAAGUUAUGGAAGAGGACACACAAAAAGUACUGAAUUUCAUUAUGACAGAAUUCCCCGAAGCUGUUUUGCAGGAGAAAUUCCAAUUGAUUUUGACAUUCUACAUUCCAUUGUCGAGCAUUUCAUGGUCAAGAAUAUUUGGUCUUGUAGAGAGCAAUAAGGAUGCUCUCAAUAUCGAGGACUACUCAAUAAGUCAAACCACCCUCGAGGAGAUAUUCUUGCAGUUUGCCAAAUACCAGCGAGAUGAUCCGCGUGACAUCAAGUGAGGAAUCGAUGUAGAAUUUGUUAUGUAGCCAAAGUAGAACUAAUCGGAUUUUAAUGUAGCAAAUUAAUAUAUUUAAAUUUGUAAAUAGUCUGUUAACUUUUUAUAAUUUCAAAGAUCUAACUAACAAUGAAAUAAUCCAGCUGAAACUACUAACAUAAAUAUGGAGUAUUUUUGACUUAAAAAAACAAA